AAAAAAAAAAGUAAUAUCCCAAAAUUCACCAUCUCUAUGCAUCCCGCUAUCACCAAAUGCAUAAAAAAUAUAUCAAAAUAUUUCGAAGCAAAAGUAAGAAAAAUUUACUAAUUAUUGUCCUUAAAAAAGUUAUAAAUGAUGUGACGCAUAGGCGUUGAGGUUAGUUAGGAGAACCUUUUAUUAUAAAUAUCUCUACUUUCUUGUUCUGUUUUCUUCCAUCAACCCAUCUCCUCUGCAACUCCGUCUUAUUCAUUUCAUUUUCCGCGGCCUCUGCAAUGGGCACUCAGCUCCACAUCUUCCUGUUCCCUUUCAUGGCUCGCGGCCACAUGAUCCCCAUCGUCGACAUGGCCAAAUUACUGUCUUCUCGCGGCAUCAAGAUCACUAUCGUCACAACCCCUCAAAAUUCCAUCUCCAUCUCUAAUUCAAUCCAUACUUCCAAGUCCCUCUCCGCUUCACAAAUUCACCUUCUUAUCCUCAAAUUCCCUACUGCCGAAGUCGGCCUACCAGAUGGCUGUGAAAAUCUCGACUUAAUUAUCGGUCCCGCUAUGAUCCUCAAAUUCAUCUCUGCUUUGAAUUUGCUUCAAACCCCAUUUGAGGAAGCCGUUAUGGAGCACCGCCCCCAUUGUAUUGUAGCUGAUAUGUUCUUCCCUUGGGCCAACGAUGCUGCUGCCAAGUUUGGGAUCCCCAGACUAAAUUUCCAUGGCACUAGUUUUUUCUCCAGCUGUGCUACGGAGUUCAUGAGGAUUUACCAGCCUUACAACCAUGUUUCGUCGGAUACAGAGCCUUUUCUCAUUCCUUAUCUCCCCGGGAAGAUUACUUUGACGAAGAUGAAACUUCAUGAGCUCGUGCGGGAGAAUGUCAAAAAUGAAUUAAGCGAAUAUAUGAAGAGGGCUUACGAAUCAGAAUCAAAGUGUUAUGGGGUUGUUAUGAACAGUUUCUACGAGCUGGAGGCAGAGUAUGCAGAUUGCUACAGAAAUAUCCUGGGAAGAAAGGCGUGGCCUAUUGGCCCUCUUUCUUUGUGCAAUAAGGAAACUGAAGAGAAAGUUCAGAGAGGAAACGAAUCCGCCAUUGACGAACAGGAAUGCUUGAAAUGGCUCGACUCCAAAAAACCCAAUUCGGUGGUGUAUGUUUGUUUUGGAACUAUCGCUAAAUUCAACUCUGAUCAGCUAAAAGAGAUUGCUAGUGGGCUUGAAGCUUCUGGGAAAUAUUUCAUAUGGGUUGUGAGGAAGGUGAAAGGAGAAGAAGAAAAAGCAGAGGAUCUGGAUCAGGAUUGGUUACCAGAAGGGUUCGAACAGAGGAUGGAAGGAAAAGGAAUAAUUAUAAGAGGAUGGGCACCGCAAGUCUUGAUAUUGGAUCAUCCGGCGGUGAGUGGAUUUGUGACACACUGUGGGUGGAAUUCAACGCUGGAAGGAGUGGCUGCCGGAGUUCCGAUGGUGACUUGGCCGGUGGCCGCGGAGCAAUUUUACAACGAGAAACUGGUGACGGAGGUGUUGAAAAUUGGAGUUGGCGUUGGGGUUCAGAAAUGGGUGAGAACUGUGGGGGAUUUCGUGGAAAGGGAAGCUGUGGAGAAGGCAAUAAGGAGAGUUAUGGAGGGAGAAGAAGCAGAAGAAAUGAGAAACAGAGCUAAAGAAUUGGGAGAGAUGGCGAGAAAAGCUGUUGCAGAAAAUGGAUCGUCGUAUUCCAAUUUGGAUGCUUUGAUUGAGGAGUUGAAAUCAUUGGUCUUCUGAAAUUCAUUUAGUUUGCUCAUUGGCCUUCUCAAAGUUUAAGAAUCUAUCAUGUUUUUUAAAUAAUAUCAAACCAACAAAUUUGAAAA